AUGACCCUCAACGGCGACCUGGCCAAAGCAGCCGCCAAUGCUAAAAUCGGGUCGGCAGCACGCUCCGCCGCGGCGCCCGUGUACCUUGCCAGCGAGCAUCGACUGUUGUGGAACAUCAAGAAGUUCCAGGGCGGGACAGAGGCUGCCAUCAAGUGUCGCGUCACACUUUCUGCACCCGUCUCCAACGUCCAGAACAUAAAGAAGGAGGUGGGUCCCGUGUCGCUAACAUAUGAGAUCCCGAUGUACAACGUCUCCAACCUGCAGGCAAGUGAGAUCCGUGGAAGCGUCGCCAUGGGCCGCCUCCUCGCCUGUCUUCUCGCACUUGGCUUCGCCGAUGGUGCGGGUGUGGAGCCGAUACUCGAUUCGGAAGUGGGGACAGGCGCUGGCAGGCGGCCUCACAUCCUCUUUCUGAUGGUGGAUCAAAUGGAUGGGCGACUUUUGGAUGAUGCCACGCCACAAUUCAAGCCACCACUUCCAAAUUUGCGGGCACUGGCUGCUGACGGCGUGUACUUUCCCCAGGCAUAUUCAUCAUCUCCUCAGUGUGUGCCUGCCCGAUCUUCAAUGUUGGCUGGACGGUACCCGUCGCAGAUCAAGGUUUGGGACAACUGGGUCGGCAUUGCCAGCGUGAACGGUAGCCUGGACAACAUCGAUUCGCACUGUGCCAAGACUUUUUCGGAAGAGACGUGUCGCAGAUUUGCCAUUGAGCAGAAGGUGAAUGGCACUUUCAUUGAUGCGUUAGCCGCAUCGGGAUACAAUGUCACUCUGUGGGGCAAGAUGCACGCAGGCGCGGGGCUUCACCACUACUCGGGAAGGAUCGAUGCUUGGCCUUGGGGUGGGAAACGCCUUCCGAAGGCAGCCAUGGAAUGGACAAGGGCCCUUGGCCUUACACCCGACCAAGAGGUACCAGGCCUCCCGACGGAGGAUGACUUGCAACGGCCAGCGACGGGGCCCCUUGACUAUGCAGCCAGCCGAAGCUGCACGGAGCUCCUCGAUUCCGGUCUCUUCAAGUCCUCCACACCUCAAUUUCUCUAUUGCUCACUCCUGGUGCCUCACAGUCCGUUCUGGACCAAUGCGACGUACCUGGCUCAGGUGCCUGACCUGGGGAACUACAGCUUGCCCCAAUGGCCUCCCAAACUGGAGGUGCACCCGGCAGACGAAUAUACCUCCAGAACCAAAAAACUUUGGCGCCUGGAUGAGACUUCACCUGAAAAGGUGGCGCACCUUCGAAAGGUAUACUUCUCUAUGUGCAUAGAGGCAGAUCAGCUCCUGGGAAGCAUCAUUGAUGCCUUCAGACGCAGCAGCAGCUUCGAUGAUGCUUAUGUCAUAAUGCUUGGAGACCAUGGUGAGCAUGCAGCGGAGAAUCGCAUGCUUGGUAAGAACUCUUUUUUCGAGGGAGCAGCGCGGGUGCCACUCAUGAUGGCUGGUCCAGGUAUUUCAAAAGGCCAGGUCAUCCAGGAUCUCACCUCACUUUAUGACAUCUUUCCAACUGUUUUGGAUAUGGCCGGCGUCGAGCCAUCAAUUCAGCCGGUGGGAGAGUCCCUCCUGCCCGUGGUCAAAGAACAUCAGAAGAGGAAGAAAGAUUUCGUUGUGGCUGAGUACCAUUCCGUGUUUUCCGCUACAGGCAGCUUCAUGAUCCGCCAGGGGCACUUCAAGUUGAUUGCAUACGCGCCGCUAAUGCCGGGCGCAGCUGCUUGGCCACCGCAGCUCUUUGACCUGCAUGCUGAUCCGUGGGAGAAGCACAACAUUGCACCGAACUCACCGUCGGAUGUCCAAAGGCUCAUGGAGCUGCUCGACCAAGAGCUUGACAUGAAAGCAGCAGAUGCGGCCAAGAAGAUGUUUGACAAAGAGAUGUUCUUGCAUUUCUGGUACCAUGCAACAGGCAGUGCGCAGCAUUGCUUCAACGCCAUGCGCAGAGUCUAUGCGUCUUUCUCAGCAGCUGAUGCCCAGAAGUUAGCGCAAUGGCUCGGGAAGCCUUGCCCAGUUCGCUAUCUGCGCAUAGCAGAGAGGCACAAGUCCUACAACCCAUGCAGAUGGGUCAGGUACGUGACGCAGUCAUCAUCCUACGUUUGCCGAUUCUGA